AUGGACGCAACCCUAACAGCAGGUGAAAUCCGACAGCGUUUUAUAGAUUUCUUCAAGAGAAAUGAACACACCUAUGUUCACUCAUCUGCCACCAUCCCUCUGGACGAUCCGACCUUGCUCUUUGCCAACGCAGGCAUGAACCAGUUCAAACCCAUCUUUCUGAAUACUAUUGACCCAUCUCACCCUAUGGCAAAGCUGAGCAGAGCUGCCAACACUCAGAAAUGCAUCCGGGCUGGCGGCAAACACAAUGACCUGGAUGACGUGGGCAAGGAUGUCUAUCAUCACACCUUCUUUGAGAUGCUGGGCUCCUGGUCCUUUGGAGAUUACUUCAAGGAACUGGCAUGUAAGAUGGCUCUAGAACUUCUUACCCAAGAGUUUGGCAUUCCAGUUGAAAGACUCUACGUUACUUACUUUGGUGGGGAUGAAGCAGCUGGCUUAGAACCAGACCUGGAAUGCAAACAGAUCUGGCAAAACUUGGGGCUGGAUGACAGCAGAAUCCUCCCCGGCAACAUGAAGGAUAACUUCUGGGAGAUGGGUGACACGGGCCCAUGUGGUCCCUGCAGUGAGAUCCACUAUGACCGGGUUGGUGGUCGGGAUGCGGCACACCUCGUCAACCAAGACGACCCCAACGUGCUGGAGAUCUGGAACCUCGUGUUCAUCCAGUAUAACAGGGAAACCGAUGGCAUUCUGAAACCUCUUCCCAAGAAAAGCAUCGACACAGGGAUGGGCCUGGAGCGACUGGUGUCAGUGCUGCAGAAUAAGAUGUCCAACUAUGACACUGACCUUUUCGUCCCUUAUUUUGAAGCCAUCCAAAAGGGCACAGGUGCUCGGCCAUACACUGGGAAAGUGGGUGCGGAGGACGCUGACGGGAUCGACAUGGCCUACCGGGUGCUGGCUGACCACGCACGGACCAUCACUGUGGCCCUGGCCGAUGGUGGCCGACCUGACAAUACGGGGCGGGGGUAUGUGUUGAGACGGAUUCUCCGCCGGGCUGUUCGAUAUUCCCACGAGAAACUCAAUGCCAGCAGGGGUUUCUUUGCUACGUUAGUAGACGUUGUUGUCCAGUCUCUGGGCGAUGCGUUUCCUGAGCUGAAGAAGGACCCAGAUAUGGUGAAGGACAUCAUUAAUGAAGAAGAAGUGCAGUUUCUCAAGACGCUCAGCAGAGGGCGUCGCAUCCUGGACAGGAAAAUUCAGAGCCUGGGAGACAGCAAAAUCAUUCCUGGGGACACCGCUUGGCUCCUCUACGACACCUACGGGUUCCCCGUGGAUCUCACCGCGCUGAUUGCUGAAGAGAAGGGGCUGGUGGUGGACAUGGAUGGCUUUGACGAGGAGAGGAAGCUGGCCCAGCUGAAAUCACAGGGCAAGGGAGCUGGUGGGGAGGACCUCAUUAUGCUGGACAUUUAUGCUAUUGAAGAGCUCCGGGAAAAGGGUUUGGAGGCAACAGAUGAUUCCCCGAAGUACAGUUACUAUUCGGACACCAGUGGGACCUACGUGUUUGAGAGUGCAGUAGCUACAGUGAUGGCUCUGCGCCGGGACAAGAUGUUUGUGGAAGAAGUGUCCACAGGCCAGGAGUGUGGAGUGGUGCUGGACAAGACCUGUUUCUACGCUGAGCAGGGAGGGCAGAUCUACGAUGAAGGGUACCUGGUGAAGGUCGACGACAGCAGUGAAGACAAAACCGAGUUCACGGUGAAGAACACGCAGGUCCGAGGGGGCUAUGUGCUGCACGUAGGGACUCUUUACGGCGGCCUGAAGGUGGGGGACCGGGUCCGGCUGUUCAUCGAUGAGCCCCGACGAAGGCCUGUCAUGAGCAACCACACGGCCACCCACAUCCUGAACUUCGCCCUGCGCUCUGUGCUGGGGGAGGCUGACCAGAGAGGCUCCCUAGUUGCGCCUGACCGCCUUCGCUUUGACUUCACUGCCAAGGGAGCCAUGUCCACCCAGCAGAUCAAGAAGGCUGAGGAGAUUGCAAAUGAGAUGAUUGAGGCAGCCAAGCCGGUCUACACUGAGGAUUGUGCUCUGGCAGCAGCUAAAGCCAUCCAGGGCCUGCGGGCUGUGUUUGAUGAGACCUACCCUGACCCUGUGCGAGUCGUCUCCAUUGGGGUCCCAGUGUCUGAGCUGCUGGAUGACCCCUCCGGUCCUGCUGGCUCGCUCACUUCUGUUGAGUUCUGUGGGGGAACACACCUGCAGAACUCGAGUCACGCAGGAGCGUUUGUGAUCGUGAGUGAAGAAGCUAUUGCCAAGGGCAUCCGGAGGAUAGUUGCUGUCACAGGGGCUGAAGCCCACAAGGCCCUCAGGAAAGCAGAGAGCUUGAAGAAAUCUCUCUGUGUCAUGGAGGCCAAAGUGAAGGCCCAGACUGCGCCGAACAAGGACGUGCAGAGAGAGAUCGCGGACCUCGGGGAGGCCCUGGCCACUGCCGUCAUCCCUCAGUGGCAGAAGGAUGAAUUCCGGGAGAAUCUCAAGUCCCUGAAGAAGAUCAUGGACGACCUAGACCGGGCUAGCAAAGCUGAUGUGCAGAAGCGGGUGUUGGAGAAGACGAAACAGCUCAUCGACAGCAGCCCCAACCAGCCCCUGGUCAUCCUGGAGGUAGAGAGCGGCGCCUCGGCCAAGGCCCUGAAUGAAGCCUUGAAGCUCUUUAAGACGCAUUCCCCCCAGACGUCUGCCAUGCUCUUCACAGUGGAUAAUGAGGCCGGCAAGAUCACAUGCUUGUGUCAAGUCCCCCAGAAUGCAGCCAACCGGGGCCUGAAAGCCAGCGAGUGGGUGCAGCAGGUGUCAGGCCUGAUGGACGGCAAAGGCGGUGGCAAAGAUGUGUCUGCUCAGGCCACGGGCAAGAACGUGGGCUGCCUGCAGGAGGCUCUGCAGCUGGCCACCUCCUUUGCCCAGCUGCACCUGGGAGACGUGAAGAACUGA